GACCUUCACACAAAACGCCUCAACAACGAGCGAAAGCCGCUUACAUGUGUCUUUAUUUGAACAAAAACACUUGUUAAAGGCUUACCUUUAAUCAUCUGCACUUUGUUGGUGUCAUCAUUUCGAGACACUUCAACGAUGUCUUCGUCCUUUGGUAACAUGUCCUGUUGUACCGUCCGUGUCACAUGACCGGGCAGAAACAAGACGUCGGAAGGAAAUAACAUUUUUGUUUUAUCACGACCGAAAUUUGAUGUUACGCACACAUUUUUUCGUUUUUCAUGCAAAAGAUAAAAUUUUAAUGAAAAUUCACGUUAAAUUAACCGGACGGUUCUAAUAGUAUUGUUUAUAUUCCAUUAAUUUCAGCGUGUCUACGCCGUAAUGGAUCAAAGAUCGUCUGUUACAGCCAGUCUCACAAUUAGGUUUUGGGAAGAAGAAGAAAAAAAGUAUCCUAAAGCUGUUACAUUAAUAUGUCCCCAGUCUCGUACUUUAACAAAAGGGCACAUUUUUGGUAUGAGAAUUCGUGAUCUAAUUUGAUAGUUAACGUUGUUUUGUGUCAAAUGUACUGUUAAAAAAAGCUGAGGUUAAUUAAUGCUUUAGGAGUCCGAUGUCGGGUUCUACCUGUAAUUUAACAUUGGAGUGUUUUGUAAGCAUUUUGUUUUAGUUUUGUAACCUUUUUGUGCAGUGGACGUCACCAAGUCACGUGAGUGUAAAGAGCCUUGUGAUUGGUGAAACUGCCGCGACUCUCUUAAAGAGACAGUACAAGCUUCGCUCCUAUUGGUUCACAGCGUUCCGGCGCCAAAGUUCCAAUAAAAAGACGAGCGGCAAACGGAAGCUGCUUCACUCUGUGUCCUUCGUGUGUCUGUGUGGUAGUUUAGAACGUCUGCAUUAUUUUAUAACUAUUUACUUUUAAACUCGUCUAGUCAUUUUAAUUGUCGAAAUGCAGUCUGCUCGCUCGCCUCUUUCCGUCCGCAACGAGAACAAGCUGAGCGGUGACGUCAGCAACAUGUCGCUGGAUAAAGAAAACACGCCUCCGAGCCUGAACACUGCGCGUAUCCUGGCGUCGAAAACCGCGCGCAAAAUAUUCUCCGAGACUCCGAGCCAAGUGGUGAAGGAGAGUGGCGGCAAGGAGGCAGAGCCUCUGCUCAAGGACAACCCCCGCCGCUUCGUCAUCUUCCCCAUCCAGUACCAUGACAUCUGGCGCAUGUACAAGAAGGCAGAGGCAUCUUUCUGGACUGCAGAAGAGGUGGACCUGUCCAAGGACCUGCAGCACUGGGACACUCUGAAGGAAGACGAGAAGUUCUUCAUCUCUCACGUGUUGGCCUUCUUCGCCGCCAGCGACGGCAUCGUCAACGAGAACCUGGUGGAGCGCUUCAUGCAGGAAGUGCAGGUGACGGAGGCGCGCUGUUUCUACGGUUUCCAGAUCGCCAUGGAGAACAUCCACUCUGAGAUGUACAGCCUCCUCAUUGACACCUACAUCAAAGACCCCAAAGAAAGAGAGUACCUCUUCAACGCCAUCGAGACAAUGCCGUGCGUCAAGAAGAAGGCCGACUGGGCAAUCAACUGGAUCGGCAACAAGAACGCCAGUUUCGGUGAGCGCGUGGUGGCCUUUGCCGCCGUGGAAGGGAUCUUCUUCUCCGGGUCCUUCGCUGCUAUUUUCUGGCUAAAGAAACGCGGCCUGAUGCCCGGCCUGACCUUCUCUAACGAGCUCAUCAGCAGAGACGAGGGUCUCCACUGCGACUUUGCUUGUCUGAUGUUCAAGCACCUGCUCAACAAGCCUUCCGUUGACACUGUGACCUCCAUCAUCAGGAACGCUGUAGCGAUCGAACAGGAGUUCCUGACUCAGGCGCUGCCCGUCAAACUCAUCGGGAUGAACUGUGACCUGAUGAAGCGUUACAUCGAGUUCGUCGCCGACAGGCUCAUGAUGGAGCUCGGCCUGGACAAGAUGUAUCGUGUGGAGAACCCCUUCGACUUCAUGGAAAACAUCUCACUGGAGGGAAAGACCAACUUCUUUGAGAAGCGUGUUGGCGAGUAUCAGAGGAUGGGUGUCAUGGCCGCCACCACCGACAACACCUUCACGCUGGAUGCUGACUUCUGACCAUGCCCACUUUUCUGCAGCUUAUGGACUGUGUCCUUUUCUUUUAUUGUAAUUUGUAAAUAUAUUUUCUAAUAAAAUGUAUUUAUGUUUUAAGUAAUGAAUUGAUUACUUUUUGGUAUUUUAUGUAAAUAACAUUUUAAGUGUAUAUGCUGUAGUGUCAUGUGUAAAUAAAAUUGUCAUCUCCUGA